CUCAGCUGCUCGCAGUCCUGCUCAGUCCUGCGCUGGCAACGCUGAACUGGCGGCUGCAGCUGCAAGAAACUUUUCUAUUUUGUGACUUUUCCUGCAUCCCCCUUUUGUUGAAGAUGACCUAACAUCGAAAGAGAGCCUCUGCUGGGCAGGGAUUGGCUGAUGCUUCAGAGACGUCUUCCUACCUCACAAACCACCAUCAUAAGCACUUGAGGGCGGUUCUGCAGAUGGGAGGUCUCUAAACGGGUCAUCUGUCUCGCCCAAAUGCACUAUCUGCCCUCCACUGUCAUGUAAGAUGGCUGCCCGUGGCCUUCUUCUGCACCUCAAAAGACUGGAGCACAGCUGUGUUUUACCAUGGUGAUCAUUUUCUUGAAAACACUGGAAAAGAAGAAGGGUGUCAGUGAUGUAAGGCCCACGAACAUCGAGAGACGGCUGCGUGACCUCCACACCAUGAGUAGAGGGACCACCCUCUUCUCCUGUGGAACUGUGGAGGCAGAUCGGUGGCUGGACCGGAGGCAAACCUGUGGCAUCCAGCAGAGCACUCCCUGCCAGUCUGGUGCCAGUCUGGAGAGCCUGUGGGAUGUGAUGCCUGAGCCGGGGAGCUGGCACUGGGCCAAAGAGCCUAGCACAGCAAUCACCAGUCUGAUAAGAGAUCUCAGCCUCGGUGACGGCAGCGUGAGCGGCCCCCUCUCCCUUGCCACGUCCACCACUGCACAUUACACCACUACAGCCACCAGCCAAGCUCCUACGGCACCCCCGAGCAAACGCCAGUGCCGCUCUCUGUCCUUCUCCGAUGAAUUCAGUGGGUUUCGCUCAUCAUGGAGGCCACAAGGCUCCCGUGUAUGGACGACAGUGGAGAAAAGAAGGUGUCUAAGUGGAGGUAGUGUCCGAGGAGGAGGAGGGGGUUUCUCCAGCGGCAAUUUCCCCACCAUGCAGCGUAGCUCCAGUUUCAGUUUGCCCUCACGCUCCAGCAUCCCUUCAGAUGGAGCUUUGGACCUGCCGUUCUUCAACCAGCGCCUGCCUCUUAACCCUAAAUUCACUGCCUCUCCAGUCACCCCUACCUCUCCCUCCUCACGUCAUCAUUACCACUUCCUCUCCCUCUCCCACGAGCAGAUCAGCCUCCCAGAGCUCCAGGGGGAAGAAGCCUCAGAGGCCAGCUCUCCGGACUCCACACCAGAACUGGGGAGGCGGACAAGCCAGAGAGCUGGAGUGAGGGGUUGUCUGUCACGGAGCAGAUCCCAGCCCUGUGUGUUAAACGACAAGAAGAUUGGUAUGAAGCGCAGGAGACCAGAAGAUGCCCAAGAGCAGCGGCCCUCCCUGGACCUGGCAAAGAUGACUCAGAAACUGCAGACCUUUCAGAGCUUGAGCUGCCCCGGAUUCUCAGCCACAGACAGCUGCCGGUCCAACCACCCCCUUCCAACCUCAGAGACCUUCACUCACCAGGACUUUGCUGCUGUUUCCGAGCUGGGGCUGGAAUCGCGUCAGGAAGUGGCCAAAGAUGACGAGGAAGAGGAUUCAUCCUACGAGGAGCUGGAUAGCGACUCUGCUUGUAGCAUGGACUCCCGACCUGGGUCUCCUGUAGGCGUUGAAGGCGGUAAACGUCCCCUCUGGAAGGGUGAUUGUGGGACACAGAGGGACAUUUUCCAGCUUGGAGGAGAGCUGGAUCUUGACCAGAUUGAAAGAAACUGAUAAUUUUUAUAGGGGUUUUAAAAGAAGACUGUGCCUGGACUGUUGUAGAAAGUUACUGGACUUCAAGGAUGAACCAAGAGAUGAUUAUUUGACAGAAGGAUUGAAAGAGUGGUGGAAGUUUUUGUCAGGUUUGAAAGGGAAGGUCAAGGAAUGUGAUAUUGAAGAGAAAGGAUUAAGUAUGUUGUUAACUGCUGGCGUCUCAUUGACACUUUUGCCUUGAACGUUCUUACUGUUUGAAUUAAAAAGCAGUGACCUUAGUUUUUUUUAUACUGGGUAUUCAGCUUAACUCAGGAGUAGGAAAGUGAGGGUAAGUCUUAAAAAAAGCUCCCACACUAUCUUUUCAGCCUGAUGACCUUUCCAAAGUCAGCUAACCUUAGAUUUUUAGUACUGUAGCAGUAGCUGGGCUCUCCUGUAUUUAGCUUGAGCUUUAUUUUUUUCAAAGAAAGAGGCAUCAAGGAUAAAGGUCGGACACGGGGAGGGGUAAACGACACCCUUUACUCUCCACUUCAUCUUUUGUGCACACAUAAAAAAACAGAUUUUUCUGCUGAAUGUAGGCUCAAUAAGCUUUAUAAGGAGUUCAGAAAGUGAUGGUGCCUUCUUUUUUGAUUGCCCUUCAAAAACUAGCCUCAAAGGAAGACACCUUUUCUGACUGUUUCUGUAGUUUCUUAAUAUGCAAAUUGUAUAUUUGAAUUCAACACUGAAUCUCAAAUUUUCAGUCCUAAUAUCAAUGUAUAUUUUUCUAAGUAACUGUUUUUAUGAGCUGUUUGUGAAGGAGCAAAGAUACAAGGCCUUUCUUCUAACAGAAUGGACAUGAAAUAAAUGUACAACCUGCA